AUGUUUAACUCGGUCAACCUGGGCAACUUCUGCUCGCCUUCGCGCAAGGAGAGGGGUGCUGACUUCGGCGAGCGAGGGAGCUGCGCCUCCAACCUCUAUCUGCCCAGUUGCACUUACUACGUGCCUGAGUUUUCCACCGUCUCCUCCUUCCUGCCCCAGGCCCCCUCUCGUCAGAUCUCCUAUCCCUACUCCGCCCAGGUGCCCCCCGUCCGGGAGGUCUCCUAUGGCCUGGAGCCGUCCGGCAAGUGGCACCAUCGAAACAGCUACUCGUCUUGCUAUGCGGCCGCCGACGAGCUUAUGCACCGAGAGUGCCUGCCUCCUUCCACAGUCACUGAGAUCCUCAUGAAAAAUGAAGGCUCCUACGGCGGCCACCACCACCCCAGCGCCCCGCACGCGGCCCCCGCCGGCUUCUACUCCUCAGUCAACAAGAACAGCGUCUUGCCCCAAGCCUUCGACCGCUUCUUCGACAACGCCUACUGCGGUGGCGGAGAGGCGCCUUCCGAGCCCCCCUGCUCAGGCAAGGGCGAGGCCAAAGGGGAGCCUGAGGCGCCCCCGGCCUCGGGACUAGCGUCCCGGGCAGAGGCUGGUGCUGAGGCCGAGGCCGAGGAGGAGAACACAAAUCCCAGCUCGUCUGGUUCUGCCCACUCAGCCACCAAGGAACCGGCCAAGGGAGCCGCCCCCAACGCCCCCCGCACCCGCAAGAAGCGCUGCCCUUAUUCGAAAUUCCAGAUCCGGGAACUGGAGCGAGAGUUUUUCUUCAACGUGUACAUCAACAAAGAGAAGAGACUGCAGCUGUCCCGGAUGCUGAACCUGACUGAUCGACAAGUGAAAAUUUGGUUUCAGAACCGAAGGAUGAAAGAAAAAAAACUGAGCAGAGACCGGCUGCAGUAUUUUUCCGGAAAUCCGCUGCUGUAACUGCAGGCGGGGGAGGGAAAGAGGGAAAUUUAUUUUAUUUUAUUUUAUUUUUAUUUUAUAACUCGUCUUUUUCCGCGGGUGGAAAACUGGACUGUGGCCAGGGCUGGCCCCCCACUGCCGUUACUGGCACUUCCUUCCAGAAUCUCCUUCGCCUCGGGUCUAAUUCACUGUAGGGACAGAGACCCGGCCUGGAAAAAGGAGUGAGGGGAGUGUCUGACCCGUGACUAGUGGACCUUGUUGGCGCCAAGGCCCCAAGACUGUUUAUUUAAAAGAAAAUACACCUUGCAACAAAGUCUUGCUGCUGGGAUCGGGUGAGGGGGAGGGGCGAGCACAGUGGGCGCCAGAGCCGAACAAUCCUUGAACUCGAAACCUUCCCUAGCCCGAGUGAAAAGAACCGCUGAGCCACCUUGUCUGCAAGUCCUCCCGGGCUCCCCACCCCCACCCCAUCUUCCCCACGCUUGGACUGCUAACUGUGAUCCUGCCUUGCUGUGAAAUUCCUGUACUUUUGACUUGGUGUUAGGUGUGCAAAGUCCAAAUCCUACCUCCGGCUGCGCCUGGACCCGCCUCAGCCUAGUAGUUCUCGCCCUAAAUGUGUAGAGCCCUCUUUUGAAAACUCCUGACUGAUGCAUUGAGGUGUCCUAACCUUUUCCAAAGCAGUGCCCCCCC